AUGUCAGUGAGACAUGGGGGAUAUUCCCUCAGACUGGUGAAUGGUACUAAUGACUGCUCUGGGAGAGUGGAGAUCCGCUAUAAUGGUGUGUGGGGAACCGUGUGUGAUGAUUACUGGGACAUGAAUGAUGCUGCUGUGGUGUGCAGACAGCUGGGAUGUGGAGGAGCUGUUAAUGCAUCACAGAGUGCUUCAUUUGGCCGGGGAAAUGGUCAGAUCUGGUUGGAUAAUGUGGGAUGUUCAGGAAGUGAAUCCUCACUCACAGACUGCUCACACCGUGGUUUUGGAAAACAUGACUGUACACAUUCUGAAGAUGCAGGAGUUGUCUGCAUAAAAGACAUUAGAUUGGUUGGUGGGAAUUAUUCAUGCUCUGGGAGAGUGGAGAUCCUGUAUAACGGCACGUGGGGAACCGUGUGUGAUGAUUACUGGGACAUGAAUGAUGCUGCGGUGGUGUGCAGACAGAUGGGAUGUGGAGGAGCUGUUAGUGCACCACAGAGUGCUUCUUUUGGCCAGGGAAGUGGUCGAAUCUGGUUGGAUGAUGUGAGAUGUUCAGGACAGGAAUUCUCCCUCACAAACUGCUCACACCGUGGUUUUGGAGUAAAUAACUGUGGACAUUCUGAAGAUGCAGGAGUUGUCUGCUUAGACAUUAGACUGGUCGAUGGGUUUGAUUCAUGCUGUGGACGAGUGGAGAUCCACCACAAUGGUGUGUGGGGAAGUGUGUGUAAUGAUAACUGGGACAUGAAUGAUGCUGCUGUGGUGUGCAGACAGUUACAGUGUGGAUCAGCCAUUAGUGCACCUAGUGCUGCAUUUGAUCCAGGCAAUGGAUCUAUCUGGCUGGAUGAGGUUAACUGUACAGGAAGCGAGACACGACUAACUCAGUGCUCACACAGUGGACUGGGCAAUCAUAACUGUGAUCACAGCAAAGAUGCUGGUGUUGUUUGUUAUGCUGGUGAGCUGCAGAUGGCGAGUCUUGCUCUGAUCUCCACACAUUCAGUUGUUUCUCCUGGAGAAAUCGUCCAGUUCAGAUGCUCAACACCUAAACCGAGAUGCAGUGCUAAUGCUGAAUUCCAGCUCUUCAUAAAUGGAUCAUCUUUAUCCUCACAGACACAUGUGUCUAAUGUGACUUUCAGCAUUAAUGUCGACGUCUCGCAUCAUGGUGAAUACAGCUGUCAAUACUCUUACCAGAGUAGCCUUAAGUCAACAUUGAGUAACACUGUGACCAUCACUGUGGUGCACUUGCAGCAGCCCAGUAUUUCUCCCAGUGCUCCUGAUGAAGAGUUUGUCGUGGGCCCUCAGGGGCCAGUGAUCACCAGAGGCCACAGUUUCACUAUCACCUGUUCCACUAAAUCUCAGUAUCCUGGAGGCUUCUUCUACCUGUUCAGAGAAUCAAAUAUCAGCAGGAUUGAGCCGUCUGUCAGUCUCUCUGCCUCCUUCUUCUUUCCUGAGGCAGAUUAUUCACAUGAGGGAAACUACAGUUGUGUUUAUGAAGUCCGUGUCUCCUCACGCUCCUUCCGUUCCUCUGCCUCUGAACUGCUGCUCAUCACUAUCACAGCAUCUCUGCUUCCUGCUGUCAUUGGUGCUGCACUUUCAGCUGGACUGCUCUUACUGGCCAUCUUCAUCAUCGUCCUGUCUCUUAAGAGGAGACAGAAGAAGAAAGAAGAUCAUUCUAAGUGCUCUUUUAAAAAAGGUCCAGCUAAUACAUAUGCAGGUGCAUCCCAUAAUAACAGAUAUGAAGAUGAUGAUGAUAAUGAUGAUGAGCCUGAUUAUGAAAAUGCAGAGUGUGAUGAAAACAUGAAGCAUGAAGAUUCUGAAGAAGACUAUGUGAAUGUGGAUGAUGAUGAUGAUGCAGAAGAGGACUAUAUUAAUGUGAACUCGGAUAACUCUGAAGAAGAUUAUGUCAAUAUGGACAUUAAAGAGAAUUCAAAUAUGACAAACAAAUCUGAUGAUAACCUUUAUGAAAUAGUGAAGAAUUAAGAAUAUUGCAAUUAAUAAUGCUUUGAACAGAAAAAAAGGCAGACUUUAGUUAAGACUACAAACAGAGGCGAUACAUCUACAUUCUUGCAAAGCUAUUGUGAAAAAUAGGAGUAAUCAAUACAGACUGAUUUAUUUUGGAGACUGUAAUGUACAUCACUGCAUAGAUUAUAAUUUUAUUUUUGCAUCCGCUGAUCUGAUCAGAGUCUGUUUGAUCAAAUCUAGUGUAAAAAUAGAACUUUUAUGUUAGUAUAUUUUGUCUUGCUGCCUUUUUAUUCAUAUGAUUAAAAUUUGUAUUUGCAAAAAAAAGGAAAAUUAAAAUUUAACUGUUUAAUAGAGUGCAAAGUGUAAAAGAAUGUUUAAUACGAUUAAUUUAGCUUUAGUGCUCUUUCUGUCUCAGUUGAAACAUGUGCUUUAAACCCCAGAGUUGGCCAUAGUAGUACUGCAUGGGGAAUGUGUACAAAUAUUUCAAAAUACUGUAUUUGUCAGUACUAAAGCUGAAUAUAUCUUGCUAAGCAUAAUGCUAAAUUAAUGAAAUAAACUGCAGUUUUAAA